AGGGCAGAUUUAAGGACAGCCUUCAGAACAGAUGCAGGACGCUGCAGUGCUGUAGCAGUGAUCAUGCUGAAAAGUUUGGAAUGGUUUUAAGUCGGCUGAAAGAUCACACUCCAGUGCCUCAGCUGCCUGCCUUGAGCCUAACCUGAUACUGCCAGUCUAUAAAUUAGGAAAUUUUAGAAGAUAUUUUCACAGACUGAGAAGGACCAAACUGAAUGGAAUCUCACCUGUGAGAGCUUUCAGUAAGUGCUGCCAAGCUGGUGUCACAAGUGGCUGCUGUUGUUGGGAAAGGAUCUGAAAGCUCCAAAUGCAGAAAUGAUUUGGCAACAAAUAUCACAUUGGACAUGCCUGGUCAAAGCCCUGAUUUUUGGUCUGCUUCUGCAGCCACUAAUGACACAGCCUUCCAUUAUCACGCAGCCAAACUUUGUCCUGUUGUUGGCUGAUGAUCUUGGUAUAGGAGAUGUAGGUUGCUAUGGGAAUGAUACUAUCAGGACUCCGAACAUUGAUCGCCUGGCAAGGGAAGGAGUGAAGCUGACCCAACACAUCACUGCAGCUCCACUUUGCACCCCCAGCAGAGCAGCGUUUCUCACUGGCAGAUAUCCCAUUCGAUCAGGAAUGGAUGCUGUAAACAAUUAUCGUGUUAUUUUUUGGAAUGGCGGCUCAGGAGGGCUUCCUCCAAAUGAAACCACUUUUGCCAAAAUACUGCAGCAACAAGGCUACAGCACAGGACUAAUCGGAAAGUGGCAUCUAGGUGUUAACUGUGAACACCGAAACGACCAUUGUCAUCACCCUUUGAACCAUGGGUUUGAAUAUUUUUAUGGGAUGCCUUUUACAUUAAUAAGUGACUGCCAAACAACAGAAGAACCAGAGAUGGAUAGAGCCUUCAGAAGGAAAGUUUGGCUUUAUACUCAGAUGAUUGCCCUUGCUACGCUCACCACUGCCCUAGGGAGACUCACUGGCUUGAUUUCUGUCCACUGGAAAACAGUGACCUGCCUUGCUCUGUUUACUCUCCUUUUCUUUGUGUCCUGGUUCUCAAGUUAUGGAUUUGUAAGAUAUUGGAACUGCAUUAUAAUGAGAAACCACGAAGUCACUGAGCAGCCAAUGGUGACAGAGAGGACUACAUCUUUUAUUUUGAGAGAGUCCAUUUCAUUUAUUGAAAGAAAUAAGCACAAGCCAUUCCUCCUCUUUCUUUCCUUUUUACACUCCCACACCCCUCUACUCACAACAGAGAAGUUUCUUGGGAAGAGUGGCCAUGGUUUAUAUGGAGACAAUGUAGAGGAGAUGGACUGGAUGGUGGGGCAGGUUCUAGAUGCUAUUGACAAGAAAGGUUUGAAAAAAAAUACACUAGUUUACUUUGCCUCUGAUCAUGGUGGAUGGCUGGAAAGACAAGAGGGAAAAAGGCAGCUGGGUGGUUGGAAUGGAAUAUACAGAGGUGGAAAAGCUAUGGGAGGCUGGGAAGGAGGAAUCCGUGUCCCAGGGAUAUUUAGAUGGCCAGGAGUGUUACCUGCAGGGAAAGUGAUCAGUGAACCUACGAGCCUUAUGGACAUUUAUCCCACAGUAGUUCAUUUGGCUGGAGGAGUAGUACCUCAGGACAGAGUAAUUGAUGGCCGGGAUCUGAUGCCUUUACUGCAAGGAACAGUUGAGCACUCAGAGCACAAGUUCCUGCUUCAUUAUUGUGGCACUCAUUUACAUGCUGUGCGAUGGCACCAGAAGGACAGUGGAGCCAUUUGGAAGGCUCAUUAUGUGACCCCAAACUUCCAUCCACUCGGGGCUGGAGCUUGUUACGACAGAGGAUUUUGCCCAUGUUUUGGGGAAGGCGUGACCCAUCAUGACCCUCCACUGCUGUAUGACCUCUCACGAGACCCUUCUGAGUCCCAGCCUCUGUCAGCUGACACUGAGCCCCUCUUUGACACUGUAAUAGAGCAGAUUGGGAGAGCCAUUGAAGAGCACCGCAGGACACUGACUGCAGUCCCACAGCAGCUCUCCUUAUACAACGUCAUCUGGAAGCCAUGGCUGCAGCCCUGCUGUGGGACGUUCCCAUUCUGUUGGUGUGAUAAAGAAGAUGAUGAUAAACUUGCAGACCUAUAAAGAACAUAACCAAAGUUAACCGCUUUAGAUCACGAAUAUUUUCUCUGGGGAGUUGUUUAUUAAUGAAUUGUUUGUUUAGGUUUUUGGUUUUUUAUUUAAUGGAGACUUUAUUUGAGAAUCGUUCCAGUGAAUUGCACAGUAUUUGAUAAAGGUUUAGACUGGAUGCUCUCAGGGAGGGAUAAGGGCAGUAUGAUCUGAACAGCGUGUUUUAACUUGUAUCUGCUGACAACUGAAUGAAUAAUUUAAUUACACUGAAAUGUAACAAGAUUAGACUUCUACCAGUAAUUAUACAACUUAUCUUUUGUUGUUUAUGAAUGCA